AUGCAUGAAGGAGGAUUACACCAGUUUCGCUUGUCGGAAAGGACUGUGAUUGUGAUUAAAAGAAUCGUGAAACCGGCAAGAAGUUGCUCUGCAGAUGUUUUGGUGAUCCGCGAUCCGUUUGAAGAAGAGGACGCGUCUCGAGCACGCUGCUCCAGAAGUAAUCAAGUGAUACACUUCAACCAGCGUCCACCACAGUACAUCAACACCGGCAAUCCACUACAUUUUGGCGGACUGCUAGAUUUGCCAAGGCAUCUUCGUGUUCCGUAUCCGGAAUCAGCAUAUCGGGCAUGUGCUGCAGCAAACAAGAAUCUGGCGAAUUCUCGUGCCGGUCAGCCUGUACCCGGUUUCAUGCCUCUGCAUCCUGGAGCUCCAGGACCACGGCCAGGCCCCAUGUUUGCUCCAAAUGCUAUGCAAAUGGAGAAUUCAAGGGCAUUUGCGAACCAGCAACAGCAGCAACAACCGCAGCAGCAGCAACAGCAUCCUGGAGGUUGCACACCGCCACAAAUGAUGCCUGCCCCAGCCGGUUAUGGAAAUUCAUGUUAUCCACAGCCGUCGGGACCUCAGAUGAUGGUACCACCAGGUAUUUUUCAGUCCAAAGCUAACAAAGCAAGUGCUGCAGCCGUGUCAUCUCUGAGCAACGAUGAACAGCAACAGCAGCAGCUGCUAAUGGCACGGCGCAAGCAGCAACCACUGAUGACAGCGGGGCAAACGCAUCCUGGGCUACCACCCGGUAUGCUACCCGCACAGGAUUUCUACAUGCCGCAGGGUAUGUGUGCUGCUGGUACCAUGCCACCACCUUCUGCAAUGCAACCACGGCAACAACAUCCAUUCGCGCCAAUGGUCAAUAAUGUUGCCGCAAUGAACGCUGGAACGAUGGCGCAAUUUGAUGCUUUUGAUGGUACGCUGUAA